AUACGGUGACAAGUGAGCAUAUAGAUAUAAAAUGACGGGUGGGUUAGUUGGAAAAUUGCAUUUUUAAUCCAGAAUCAUUUGCAUUUGGUUUCUUUUGGGUUGAAAAUAUGUUGACUACCGUGAAGUGUGGAUUUAGUGCUCUGCUUUUAGUAUCAAUGCUUAUUGUGAUCAAUGCUGACCAACGUCAAAAAGUCAUCGAUUUCCACUCCGAGUGUCUCGACGCCCAUGGCGUAGACGAAGAUGCCCUCAUCGAAGCCUUAGACGGAACAGUUCGUGAUGACGAAAGCUUCUAUCUUCACUUAUUCUGUGCGGCAAAAAAAGCGAAAAUAAUGCAAGAAGAUGGUUCCGUGACCCUGGACAAUUUCGAAGUUGACAUGAAAGAUGUCAUCGAUGAGCACAAUAUGGCUAACGUAGCAUCCAUUUUAAGAAAAUGUCUUGUCCAAAAAGAAGAGAUUUUAACCACCAUUAAAGAGGCAGUUCACUGUUUCGUUAAGCACGAACACGGUCUGUAAAUGUCUUCUUGCUUAUACAUUUUGAACUAAAUUCUUACUGUAA